CUAUCAUCAUUCUUUGCUUUCCCACUAAGGUUGUAUCCUACAUAACUUGCAAGUGCAAUUUCUACACUUUUUAAGUUCAUCUAUCUAUUGAAAGCACCCUCAUCUCAUUUUAUACAUAAAACAUGGAGGGCGAGCAGUUCAUAGAGUGCAGGAAAUUCAAAGUAACCCUAAUCUCAGCAUUUGAUCUCGAGGACGUUCGAAAAAUUUUCAGAAUGAAAGUUUAUGCUACGGUUUCUUUUGGAGACGAUGAUAAAACUGAAAAGAGAACUAAAGCAGAUGAGUAUGGUGAAACAAGUCCGAGAUGGGGCUCAUCUAUGCAAUACACCAUUGGCGAGUCGGCAGUUAUACACCAUGGCCUCAUACUUGUCAUCAAGUUAUAUUGUAAGCGUAAGCUUGGCGACCGGUACAUAGGAGAGGUACACGCAUCGAUUAAAAACCUGUUUGAUUGCGCAACCCAGUACGGAGGCAGCCGCAGCGCAGAUGUGACGUGGCCGGUUCAUACAGGUUUGGAGACAAAAUGGUUAUCGAAAGACCUCCCUUGUGGAAAAAGUUACUACAGUCUGGAGCUGCAGUGUUGCUAA